AUGGCGACGAAAAACCCCCCCAAGCCUAAAAAGGCCCCCAAGGUCAAGCAAAUGGAGCUUCCAAACGCUGAUGCCGGCGUCGUGACCCGAUUUCCACCAGAGCCCUCAGGUUACCUACACAUAGGCCACUCCAAGGCGGCUCUCCUCAAUGACUACUUUGCGCACAUUCAAUACCCGGGAGGAAAACUGAUUCUUCGCUUCGACGACACCAAUACUGAGAAAGAGAACGCUGAGUAUCAAGACGCAAUCCGGGAAGACGUGGCACUGCUGGGGAUCAAGCCAGACGUGAUCUCCUACACAAGUGACUAUUUCGACCAAAUUGACGAGUACUGUGUCAAGAUCAUCAAAGCAGGCAAGGCGUUUGCCGACGACACUCCUGGUGAUGUUAUGAGUGCUCAGAGGAUGGCCCGAGAGCCUAGUGUCCACCGCGACGACAGUAUUGAGGAAAACCUCGCCAGAUAUGAGGAGAUGAAGAAGGGAACGGAGGAAGGACGAAGAUGGUGCAUUCGAGCGAAAAUAUCACACGCCAAUAAUAAUGCCUCUUUGAGAGACCCGGUCAUCUUCCGCUGUCCGAAAAACCAGACCCUUCAUCAUCGGACCGGGGACAAAUAUAAGGCCUACCCUACAUACCAAUUCGCUUGCCCCGUCGUUGACUCUCUCGAAGGAGUGACUCAUGCCUUGAGAACAACCGAAUACAACGAUCAAGACGCUCAGUAUAAAUGGAUCCUGAAAGCAUUGGAACUGAGAGCUCCAUUUAUCUGGACCUUCUCCAAAAUCCAAUUUAUACGCACACUCAUGUCCAAGCGUAAACUGACUAAGCUGGUGGAUGCUGGUGUUGUGUCCGGCUGGGAUGAUCCACGCUUUCCAACUGUCCGCGGCAUCAGACGACGGGGUAUGACUAUUGAAGGCCUCAGAGAUUUCAUGGUGAGCCAAGGACCUAGCAAGAACGUUGUCAACAUGGACUGGCAUACCAUUUGGACCAUGAACAAGAAGGUGAUCGAUCUGCAAGCGGGGCGAUAUACUGCCAUUGACACCAAGCAUGUCGUGUGCAAGAUCAAAGGCCUGAAGGAUGAUCCUUACUCUGAGAUGAAACCCAAACAUGCAAAGUACGAUUUGGGACAGAAGAAAGUUGUCUACAGUUCGAAUGUCCUCAUAGAACAGGAAGAUGCUCGAACUUUUGCCAAAGAUGAGGAGAUCACACUCAUGAAUUGGGGCAACGCUUACGUCCGAAACAUUCAGUACGAGAAAACGAGUGGCAAGAGUGACAUUGCCGAUGGUGUCGAUGCUUUGGGGAAUGUUAGCUCAAUAGAACUUGAGCUUCAUCUCGACGGCGACUUCAAGGCGACAAAGAAGAAGAUUACAUGGUUAUCUAAGGACCAAGAUCUUGUUCCUGUCGAACUGGUGGACUUCGACCAUCUCUUGAGCAAAGACAAGCUGACCGAAGAGGAGGAAGAGCAUUGGGAGGAUUUCUUGACGCCAAAGACCGAGUUCAGAUCGUCCGCCCUGGCAGAUUGCAAUGUGUGGGAUGUGAAGGUCGACGACGUGAUCCAGUUCGACCGAAAGGGAUAUUUCCGAUGUGACAAAGCUGCUACCAAGGAAUCGCCGGGCGAGUUCUUCAAGAUUCCAAGUGGAAAGGAAUAG